ACCGUUAAGGUUUGGGAGAUAUCCAGCCAAACUUGUCUCAGAACCUUGGAAGGCCAUACUGAAGAAGUUCAAUGUUUAGCAUUAGCUCAAUCAACGCUCGCAUCAGGAAGUUGGGACAAAUCUAUAAUCGUGUAUGAUCUUACAGAAGAUUAUAAUAUUAAACGCAAACUAUUUGGUCACACGGCUGGAAUCAUAUCCAUAGAAAUAAGUUCAAACGAAAUCCUUCUUUUUUCUGGAUCUGUAGAUAAAACAAUUAGAAUAUGGAACAUUAACACCGGCGACUGCUUACAUAGAUUGUAUGGUCAUGAUAGUACAGUGGGUGCGUUAACGCUAGUCCCUCAAUCUCCCUUCACUGAUGAUCAAGAUGAUCUAUAUUGGCUUGUUUCUGGUUCGAAUGAUACAAACAUUUUCAUGUGGGAUAUUGAUCAAUCGAGCCUAAUUCAGAAAACUCAAUCAACGAAACCUCAAAUCGUUAGAAGACUAGAAGGGCAUGCGAGAGCGGUAACCUGCUUGGCCUGGCAUAAAGAUAUAAUAAACCAAAUUAUAGAUCACAAUCAAAGACAUUUAGAUUAUUCAGAUCCGAUCCAUAUCAGUACUAUGCAAUUUCUAUCUUCUAGUUCAUCCAGUUCAUCUCCUCAAACAAAUAAUGAAGAUAAUGAAAAUGAUAUGGAUUUGGAUUCUCAUGCAUCACCAUCUAAUAGUUACGAUCAAGAUACAAAUAAUGAUCAUGAAAAUGCUCCUCAAAAUUUUCACAAUAAUUUUCAUUCUCGAAAUUCUUUAUUAUCUACGAAUACGAACAAUACAGUACCCUCACCACCUCUUAGCCCUAAUAGCGAUUCCAUGCAAUUAAGUGAUUUAGAGAAACCGUCAAUUACACAAACUAUUUUGUCUGCAUCUGCAGAUUCUACUAUCCGUAUGUGGAAUCUUUUUACCGGUAAACAACUUCUUUAUGCUAACGACCAUACCGACACAGUUUGGCAGAUUCAAUGUAAUCCGUCACGCCUUGUUUCCGUUUCUUCUGAUGGAUUCGUCAAAAUGCGCAAAUGGCGAUGUAAUCACAGCCAUGUUGAAAACCAACAAGCAGGAUUCGACUCCUUAAUCACUCCGGGAAUUCAAAAAUGCUUUAAACUUUCCUGUCCUGCAAUAACACUCACUCAAGUUGACCGUGGUGUGACGUGUUUUAAAAUGACGUAUGAAUGGUUGGUCUGUGGAACGGAAGAUGGCGUUCUUAUAGCACUGAAGUUCAUUGAAUCUCAAAACUAA